UUCAGAAGAGCCGAGCUCUCUGAUUGGCUCUGAUGGCGGCGCGUAGGGGCGGACACGGCGGCAACGGGAGCCGGGCCAGGGAUGUGGGCGAGGCCGAGGCCCAGGCCCCAGGUGUGUAAGUUCCGGAGCUGCAGAGCCCGGGCCUCGGCUGCAGCGGUGCCCCGGGCCGGGCUCCGGCCAUGGCCCACGAGAGGAUGGAUCUGGAGUUGCCUGAUCCGGCACCGACGGACGGCGGGUUGCGGCGAUCCAACAGUGCGCCGAUGAUCAGCGGCCUGAGUGACAACUGUCAGGUUUUUCAGCCAGAUGUUGUGCGUAAUCGGAGGAACAGCACCACAGUGAUGAACAGACAUAGUCAGAUUGUCCCUUCAUCACCAGUUCGUAUCCCAAGCAGCCGGCUGCAUCAGAUCAAACAGGAAGAAGGAAUGGAUCUCAUGAACAGAGAGACAGCUCAUGAGAGGGGAGUGCAGGCAGCAAUGCAGAUGAGUGUUUCAUGGGAAGAAAGCUUAAACCUGAGUGACAAUGACCUGGAUAAGUCCGCAUCACCGAAGCGCAUUGACUUCAUUCCUGUCUCACCAGCUCCUUCACCAACCAGAGGCAUCGGCAAGCAAUGCUUCUCACCUUCCCUGCAGAUUUUUGUCAGCAGUAAUGGGCUCCCUCCAAGUCCAAACCCCAGCCCAACACGCAGGUUUGCCACAAGGAGAAGUCAGAGCCCCAUCAACUGCAUCAGGCCCAGUGUGCUGGGGCCUUUGAAACGAAAAGGUGAGAUGGAUGCUGAAAGCCAACCAAAGCGACUUUUCCAAGGAACUGCAACAAUGCUGCCAUCGGAAACAUCCCACUCACCAGAACACCACUCCUGUCAGGGGCAGAGUGAUGAUGUGUUCCUCAGUCUCUCCACAGACUGUCUGGAUGAGAACAUCAGAAACGGUAACUCGGCAAACUCCAGUGCGAUGAGAGUGACUCCAGUGGCAACGUCUGACUCCUGCUUGUCUUUCACUGCAGACCCUGAAUGUUCACCAAAGUGACAGUGUUUGCCAAUAGAAUGUCUGAAUCGGAGUUUGGGACAGAGUGUAUCUGUAGUAAUAUGGUGUAAAAUGUGCAGUGCCAUUAAUAUAUGUCAAUGUGUAAAGAAUUGACUGUAGGAAUUCAGAGAAAUAUUUUCUCCUUUGAGUUUUUUUUCUUCCUGAAAUUGCUCAUUUACUUUUACUUCAGAACUUAGGAUCAGAGAGAUUGUGAAAGUCUCUCCAAAGUCCAGGCAGAAUCACAUACUCUCAUAUAACUAACAUUCACAGGGUCAAUUCUAAGUACAACAUCAGGUUGCUCUUAUUAUUUGCUUGCAACCUCUUUAUGAAUAGCACUAAAUGUAAAGGGUUUUGACUUGAAUUUAUUUUUAAGCCAUUGUUGACUAGAUUUCUGUUCUUAUAUAAGCGCAGUUGUUAUGGGCAAGAACUGCAGUCUUUAUAUUUCGACAGUGGUAGGAGAGAUUGGGAGCGUGAAGGUAUACGAGUUCCAUUUGUUCUUUUGUACAGAUUUGGUUAUUUUAGUUGUGUUUCUUUAUUGAAUGUUGCAAAAGCACCUUUUGCAGAGAGUCCGGUACCUGCGAUGUUUGCCAGCUCCUGCGGAGUGUCCCUUGCUGCCCUAUUAACAAAGAUGUGCAUAGUGUAGCAUACCAGAGCUGAGGCUUGAGAAGCCUAUCGUGCUUCACAACUGUCCAAGCCAACAGUAAUCCUUAUUACUCAGUAUGUGUAUAAUUCACAGAUCCUUUAAACAAGUUACCUGCUUCUUGUGGAAUAAAUUAGUUUAUUGAGCUAUGUGGGUUCACCAUAAAACAACUUAAAAUCAUCUGACUCUUCUCUGGCCGUGUUUAUAUGUGGGUUUUAUUUUUCCAAGCGUGGAAUUACCAGCUGUUUGUUUGCCAGACUGCAUAUACUGGAGUUCAUGUACUUUUUUGUCUGGACGAAGAGGAACCACAGAAACGUGGAGAUCCUGAACAUUUGAUCUGGAACGGUGACUGAAAAUAUUCAUGUGCCAACAAAAAUGGUUCAGUAGCAAAUCUCUCAUCUGCUUUUGUGAAGAUUUUCCCAUGGACAUUGCGGCAAUGAUGUUUAACUCACUCCUGCACUGGCUGACUUGACAAAGGAGCUUCGAAUGGCAGAUGACUGAAUCCCAGGCCUGAGAUCUAAAUGUUUCUAUCUCAGUCAGAGCCUCUGAGGGAAUCAUUGGCUGCUGAUCGUGGAAAGUUGCUGAAACAAUGACUGCAGAUUAAAAGUAAUUGCACAAUGCAAAUGUUCUGUAAAAACAAGCAUCAUAGUACAUGAAUGCUCUGUUUACCUGCCACAGAUGCAAGUCAUUAAAUGAAAUUAAAAAUAAA